CUAUUAGUAAAAGUUGCUAAUCAACCCUGAUCAACACCGCUAAUACUCUUUGAUUACUAAUCAAAUCGUGGCUUCUGCCGGUGGGCUCUACUCAAAAGUCAUCGCCAACCUCCAUACAUUCGAUACGGCCAUCUCCUCCCCGUUCACUCCUAUACCACCUCUAUAUACAACACAAACACACAAGUGGAUCUGCUAUCGUUAAAAUGUUCGCCCUUCGAUCGACCUCCGCCAGGACCGCCCUCUCCCCGCUCCUCCGACGCAACUUUAGCUCAUCCGUCCGUUCAUUGAAAUGCUACGAGGGCGUCGAUGCCGCUACGUUUGAGAAACAAGUAUCCAAUGGUUCAGGGAUCGUCCUCGUCGAUUUCUACGCAACCUGGUGCGGUCCGUGCAAAGUCCUAACCCCGACUCUGAAGAAGGUUACCGAGAAGGCCAACGUCGACCUGGUCACACUAGACGUAGACGUCGAGGCAGAGUUGGCCGCUAAAUACAGCAUCCGAUCGUUACCGACAGUCAUGGCUUUCAAGGACGGACAACCUAUCAGCCAAUUCAUGGGUGCGAUUCCAGAGAAACAGGUCCAGAUGUUCAUCGAUAGCGUGAAGGAAAAGUAAAGAUGGGCGCUACUAUGCGUUGUAGGCGGGACAAAAGGUCACACCUUGGCUCGAUCCUGGAAUGAGAAGAGGUGGAUUGUGAUUAAAAGUGAAUUACUGUCCGAGGAGUGUACUAUCGUCAUAAGCUCAUGAGCUCAUAAGUGUAUCAGCCAUAUAGUAUAGUCGUCGAGCAUGAAACGAGGUCUAACGGGAUGAUGAUGGGAUAUGACGUGUAACAAAUGGUUCUCGCGGAUUAGCUUAUCAAAUAAUUCGUAACAUAAGG